AUGACGGAGGUGUCGUACAGCUACUCACGGCCCCGCAGGGAGUUUGGGCGGAUGCCGGAGUUUCAUGCCAACGAGGGAGAGAUCCUCAGCGACAUUCCACCGAAUCGCACGGUGAAGAGUUAUUACACCAAACUUGACCCCUGCGAGACGGAGAUUCAAAAUGUGCCGUCACUGUCAGAGACAAGCACCAACACGGAGCGCAUUCAACUGCGUCACCGCGCUCAGUCCCACCUCGAGGGUGGCUGGCCGCACGGCGUCGACCCCACCGAGUUCGAGGAAAAAAUGAAAUACUGCAAAAAGGUGGAGCGCGAGGAGAGUUACUUGUCGUCGUGUCGUCGCCUCGUUCAGCAGUGCACGGACAAGUAUAUUAAGCAGAACAACGCCAUCGACAUUUACGGCUCCUACUUCGCGGAGGGUGCACCUCCAGAGGAUGAGUCGCUGGGGCCUGCCGCUGCAAAGAUUAUCUCGGUCUUUAAAGACCCCAACACGGAGAAGCGGACAGCCGCGGCGAUCUCAUGGCAAAACGACGGCCGAAGGUUUGCGGUGGCCUAUUGUCGGCUGCGAUUUCAAGGCAACACCCCAACAAUGAACACAAACUCGUACCUUUGGGAUGUUAUGAAUCCGAACACGCCGGUUGAGACGCUGGUGACCCCUUCCCCAUUGUGCAGCAUUGAACAUUACUCGAAGGAUCCACAUAUCAUCGCUGGUGGGAGUUGGAAUGGCGUUGUACAGUACUGGGAUACGCGGCAGCCGACACGCCCUGCCGCCCGCUCUCUUAUUGAAGAGAGUCAUAAAGAUCCCGUGUGGUCUAUCAAGUGGUUGCAGAGUAAAUCAGGCGAACUACUUUCAGUCUCCACGGAUGGUGAGGUGUAUGUUUGGGAUUGCCGAAUCCCCGACAAACCGCUUGAGUUGCACAAACUUCCAGAGGACUCUCUAACGCUGCUGCCCAAAAACAAUGAGGGAGGAUCGAAGGGCAUAUUGGGUGGUCUUUGUCUGGACUACGACCCUCAGGUAGGUGGUCCCUCAAAGUACAUGAUUGGCACGGAACAGGGUACUAUUCUUUCCUGUAAUCGUAAAGGCAAGACACAGGCGGACAAGCUUGGCCCCAACACAUUCAAUGCACAUCACGGUCCAGUCUACUCUGUACAACGGCACCCGUACUUUUCCAAGUACUUCCUUUCCGUGGGUGACUGGACGGCACGGAUGUGGUUUGAGGACUUUAAAUUUACGCCAUUGUUUAGCACCUUCUAUCACAAUUCAUAUAUUACCAGCGGUGCCUGGCACCCUGUGCGCCCUGGUGUAUUCUUCACCACUCGCAUGGACGGUUUUCUGGAUCUCUGGGACUUGAUGCUGCGCCAGUCCACCCCCUCCCUCAGUGUUCAGGUCUCCGACUACGCUUUGCACACGGCAAAGCCCACAGUGGAGGGAAAACACAUCGCCGCCGGCGGCAUUGACGGCAACGUGACCCUGCUGGAGCUCUCUCCCUCACUUUACACCGCCACGGCGGAAGAAAAGGUCGUCAUUGGUCAAAUACUUGAGAACGAAAGCUUCCGUGACAAGAACCUAGACCGUGCGGUGAAGGAGAAGCGUGCGCUGGCGAAGCAGCGGCAGCGCCGCAGCACACAAGUACAGAGCGCCGCAAGGGAGUCGGAUAACGUGGAGGAGGCUCUGGACGCGAUGACGGAUGAAUACAAGGCUGUUGUCGCGGAAGAAAAAAGCCGCGAUAUGCAGUCGCACGAAGAGUUGGAAGUUCAGCGGCGCAAACUACUAGAAGAGAUUGGAGACGGAAUUGAGUUUGAUGAGGAAUAG